AUGCAGCUGUGGUCUCACAAGGCGAAACAAGACGCCCUAAACCAAUCAGACGAAGAGCGGCGUCAGCAGCCCUCGUUGCGCGAGAUGCUCGACAGCAAGUCCAAAGCAACAGAAGGUGAUCACAAGGACUCGUCCGGCCCGAUACCGAUCAUUCUAUGCGGUAAGACAGAGGCGAUUGGUCGCGGCGUCAUCGAGGGCCUGAAGCCGGAAUAUGAAGUAAUCCACUUCAUCACCACCCCGGCCUCAGGAGCCCUCAUCAUCCCAGCCCUCCUGACGUCCUCUCCACCGCCGCAGCACCCAGACACCAGCGCAAUCGGCAGCGGACACUACGCCUCCCCGCCCCGCGCCAUCGUCCUGGGCGGCGCAUUCGAUGAGGAGGCCGUAAAAUCCCUUCAGAACGCCGUCGUCGAACAAGGGGUUGCGGCUGCGUCGAGAAAGGUUCCGUGGCUGAGGCACGACGGGAGUAAAGCCGCGCCGCCUCCCGGGCCAGAGUACGGCAAGGCCAUGGUCGCGAGGGUGAGGGAGAAGUUGGGGCUGUUGGAGGGGGAGGGAAAGUUGGAUGGUGGGUAUGGGGGUGACGAGUGGUAUUAA